UUUGCCAAAUAACAUUCCGACUGUUCGCUUGCGCUCAAAACAUUCGUUCCUAGUCCCGGUUCGUGUUAUCUUAACACAAUUCUGAUCGCAAGCAGAUGACAAAUAACUUAGAUAAAUAUGUUGGAGGGUAAUAUAGUUUGUGCAUUUUACUGUAGACUGUACGGACUGUAACUAGCAGGAGCAGUAGAGACUGGGGCAGUGAUCACCAGAAGCUAUAACGCUACAGCUCAGCUAACGUUAACAGAGACGUUGUUACCGUGUUGAUACCAGGUUAUAAUAUCAUUAAAGUAAGUGAAACUCCGGCUACUAGCUGUAUCAGUAUUAUUAAAGACAGCCUUUAACUAACACUCAGUAGAGAUGGAUGUUACCAGCUGGAUGCUGUUGAACUGAUGAUGGUUGAUGUUGUGUUGUUCAGAUAGAAUGGAUGGAGGAAAGACAGGCGACACAAUGGAGACGGUGGAACCUCGUGGAUGUGAAAGACGUGGGCAGAGUGUCCCAGACAGUGGCUUGUUUACCUCGCUCCCCUGUUCAGAAAGGCAGAUCACUCCAUCCAGUAAAAAACAGUUGGGGAACUACAAGUGUUCUCAAUGCAGUGAGGUUUUUUCAAAGCCAAGUGUCCUGAAACGCCACUUCAAAACCCUCCACAGUGGACACGAUCCUGAAGGCCCGUUCCCUUGCUCUGAGCAAGGCUGCCAGUUCAGCAGCACAGACCGUCAGGAAUAUCAAGCCCACGUGACGUCCACACAUGGUCUCACUCUUAUUCCUUGCACCCUCCAGUCCUGCAAAGUGUCAUUCCUCACACAGGAGGAAAUGGAGAGACACUUGCGGGUCCACAAGCCCUUCGGCUGCUUUCAGUGUCAGUUUGUCACUCAAAAUGUCAAAGACCUGAGUGACCACCUCUUGGAGCACAACCACGUGCCACCUUGUGCUCAAGGGAACGAGACUGCAGCCACAGCUGUAUGCACUAAUGGAAGCCACCAGCCUCAGGUGUCCGGCAGGCCGAAAACAAGACUGAUAUCCAACCCAGCUUAUGCAUCAUCGGUACCAGAAGACGGGAAUGAGGAACAGCCCGAGAGGCAAAGGCACAAUAUCGAAAGAGCGAGACAGGCAGUGGAAAGAGACAAACCUUCAGUAGUGGAUGCUGCAACCCUGCCAUCCAAAGAGUACCUUGCAGAGGGAUCAGAGCACACCUAUCGCACCCACACCUGCCCCAAGUGUCGGCGCUGCUUCAAGAUGCGCUCCCACCUGCAGGAGCACCUGCAUCUACAUUUCCCUGACCCCAGCCUCCAGUGUCCCACCUGCAAGCGUCACUUCACCAGCAAGAGCAAGCUACGCAUACAUAGACUCCGUGAGGCGGGUGAAAAGGUUCACCGUUGCCACUUGUGCGAAUAUUCUGCCGUGGAGCGGAACGCGGUCCGCCGCCACCUUGCCAGCGUGCACGCCGACGAGGCAGAAGAUGGCGCGACGAAUCACAGCUAUCCCUGCCCCACCUGUGGUCAAAGCUUUCGCCAGAGCAGGUCGCUUAAGGCCCACAUGAAGACGCACAACAUCUUGUCGGACAGCAAGCCGGUGGCCUGCUUCCAAGAGGGCUGCUCUUUCCAGAGUUCUUCACGCAAAGAACUUCUCAGACACGCUGCCGAGGAGCACGGGGUCACGGCGGUAGGGUGUCGUCAUCACGCCUGCGGUGCCGUCUUCCGAAGUGAGGCGGACAUGGAGGCUCAUUAUCGGACACACCUGGCCUACCACUGCUCACAGUGUGACUUCUCUUGUUCCAAUAAGACCGUCUUCCUGCAGCACCAGCGGCACGGUCACCCAGGAAACGACGAGCUUUACUGUGACUUUUGCUCCUUCGUCACAUUUAACCCCGUGGAGUUCGAGCAGCAUGUCGGACAUUUGCACGCCAACGAGAAGAUCCAUCGCUGCCCUCAGUGCAGCUACGUGACCUCGCAUAAACGGGGCUUGAAGCGACACAUGCUGAUGCACAGCGGUGAGAAGCCCCACAAGUGUAGCCAGUGUGACUUCAGGUGCCGAGAUGAGUCCUACCUCUCCAAACAUAUGCUCACCCACUCAGACGACAAGAACUUUAUGUGCGCUGAAUGUGGAUACGUCACUAAGUGGAAACACUAUCUGAACGUCCAUAUGAGGAAACAUGCUGGAGACCUCAGGUAUAAGUGUGACCAGUGCCCCUACCGCUGUCACCGCAUGGACCAGCUCAGUAGCCACAAACUACGACAUCAGGCCAAAUCACUCAUGUGUGAGAUCUGUGCUUAUGCCUGCAAGCGUAAAUAUGAGCUUCGCAAUCACAUGUUGGCCAAACACUCCGGUGAGGAGAAACCGCCAUCCGUCUAUAAGUGCAAAUACUGCACAUACACUACCUGCUACAGACAAGCCCUUCAAAACCAUGAAAACUGCAAACAUACCAAGCUGAAAGAGUUCCGGUGUGCCCUCUGCUUCUAUUCCUCCUUCAGCAGCAUCAGCCUCUUCCUGCACAAAAGGAAAGCUCAUGGCUACGUACCUGGGGACAAAGCAUGGCUGGAGAACUACGCCUUGAAGGAGAAGGAGAGGAACUCAACCGAGUUCUUGCAGGAUUUUUACAAUAAGUCUUCAUCAGUUCAUGAGCAGUCUGAACAGUCCACUUCUGAAGGACUUCCACCUUCUCAAGGAGAACAAUCUGAUCUUCCCGGCUCAGCAGAUCACAGUGCCGGCAAAGGAUCCGUAGCCGGUUCACAAACUGUGGCUUCUGUGGAUGUUUUUGAUGUUGUUUCUCAAGAGGUUGUUAAUGAAGGUAUUUCAGACAGUCCUCCAUCUGUGAACAGUCCUGAGGAGUACUGUACUCUUGUUUUAACAACACUAUCGACCGCUGACUAUCAGACCCACUCUUUGCAAAAUCAGGAGGAAAAUUGCAAUGCAAAUCAAACUCCAAGCUCAACCACUUUAAAUUGUAACGGCUCUGACAUAUCACAAAAGAAGGGAGACUUCUCUGCAUCUUCAUCAGAGGAAGACGACGUAGCUGUGGCAGAUGCAGAAUGUGAACAAAGUGACUUAGAUGACAACUAUGAGCCUCUGAAUAAUACAAGUCAACCAGAUGAACCUGGAGAGUGUCCAACACCUGAGGUGGAGUAUGACGGUGGAACAAUCAAUUCCACUUUUCCAUCUGAACAAAAUCAGCCGUUAGAAUCUGAGAUCCGUCUGAAAGCUAUGAAGAAGCACGACAAGGACCAAGCAGAAGCCAUGGUUUUGGACGGACGGGUGCAGAUGCUCGUGGUGCCGACUAAAGACGUCUACCGCUGCGACAAGUGCUCUUAUGUAACCAGUAAGGAGACGGCUUUGAAGUACCACUGCCAGGCAUUGUGUAACGGUAGGAUAAAGGGACACAAGUGCCAGGCCUGUGGUGCGCAGUUCAAACAGAGGCGAGGCCUCGACAGCCACCUUGCAAAGAAGUGCCCAGCGCUUCCACGAAAAACAAGGGCAUUUGUAGGCAUUUCAAAUAUAGCAGAAGACGACUCUGCUGCAGGCCAGGGAGGAUCCAAACAACUGGAUCCAAACAAAAUGAAGACAAAGAAGCUUUUGAAAGUUAAACUUGCAAAGAAGCAAUCGUUUUCUAGCAACAAGCAAAGAAAUGUUCCACUGCAGAAGUCCCUUUACGCUAAUAAUGAUGGGCAAUUCAAAUGCGAGCUAUGCAGUUUUUCAUCGGUUAGGCUUGCAACGGUUGAACGGCACCUCUCAACCUGCAGAAAAAGGAAAAGAUGGAAUCGGAUUGUUCCAGAAGUGGAGGAUGAGCGUGGUAGCGAGUCAGUCAAAGAUAAAGAGGACUUGGUGGAAGAGUCCAAUGACAGAACUGGGAAAGUUCCUGAGAAACAUCAGGUCUUCUCUUGUCCAAGCUGUGCAUUUAAGUGCAAUCAGAAAAGGGCAUUAGACUGUCAUGAAAAGAGAGGCUGCUUGAAGCCAGGUGAAGUUCAAUGCAACGUGUGUUCAUUUAUAGCCAAAUCUCAAAUUUCUUUGACCCGUCAUAUCCUGUGUGUCCAUAACAAAGAAAAGGUUGGUGUUGCUAAACCUUUGCAUUGCCAGCACUGCACGUUCACCUGUAAACAAGAACGAUGCAUGGCGCAACACGUCGUGCUCAAACACAAAGGUGCGCGACCUCACCAUUGUCGAUAUUGUCCUUUUAGCACCACGAGGCGCUAUCGCCUGGAAGAGCACGAAUCUCUCCACACAGGAAUCGGUCGCCACAGCUGCGACGUGUGCGACAAGACCUUCGGGGCCGUCACCAAACUGCGUCAGCACAAAAUGCGCAUCCACGACAAACAGCCGACGCACUUCUGCUCACUCUGCGACUUCAGUGGCUACACGCUCGACGAUGUGAGACGGCACAAUCUCAGGUGCCACACGGGGGAGUUGCGCCACACUUGCACUCACUGCGAUGCCCAGUUUAGUUCAGAAGUUGCGCUGAGAAACCACUGUAAACGUGCGCACCAGCUCCAGGUCUGUUUCUCGUGCAAGCAGUGCGACUACACAUGUGGCAGCGAGGCCACUCUGAAGGCCCACCAAGAGAGCAAGCACCCGCAGGUAAAGUGCAACACCUGCCAGGAGUCUUUUAAGACAAAGGAGAGCCUCGAGAUCCAUCAGAGAACCCACCUGGCACAUACGUGUCAGCUGUGCCCGUUCGCUACCAAAACAAGGCAGCUGUUAGCUCAGCACCUCCUGAACGAACACGAGGAGGGAUCUCCGGAGGACAAGCCCCUCAAGUGCAGCUCGUGUCAGUUUGCUUGUCGGCAUCAGCUGGUGUUGGAGCAGCACCUCCGUUCACACGGAGGCAAGCGGCUGUACAAAUGCACAGACUGCGAGUAUUCAACCCGGAACAAGCAGAAGAUCACGUGGCACAUCCGUAUACACACCGGAGAGAAGCCUUACAGCUGUGAGCAGUGCAGCUACACCUGCACCGACCCGUCUAGGUUGAAGCUUCACAUGAGGGUUCACCAGGAAGAGAAGAAGUACCUUUGUCCAGAGUGCGGCUACAAAUGCAAGUGGGCGACUCAGCUGAAGUACCACAUGACCAAGCACACAGGGGACAAGCCAUACGCCUGUGAUGAGUGUGACUACCGCACUAACAGGGCGGAUGCUCUCCGUGCCCACCGGGACACACAGCACUGCGACCUGCGCCCUUACGUCUGCGAGAAAUGCGGCAAAGCCUUCAAGACUAGUUUUAUACUGAAGACCCACCAGCGGCAACACAGUGACGAUCGGCCAUACGCGUGCGGCCUGUGCCACAAGGCCUUCCGGUGGCCGGCGGGUCUCAGACAUCACUACCUCUCGCACACCAAGCAGCAACCUUUCCGCUGUCGCCACUGCUCCUACAGAGCCAAACAGAAGUUCCAGGUGGUCAAGCAUUUGCGGAGGCACCACGCAGAGAUGUCAGUGGAGCAGGGGGUGGUGAGGGACUCUGGAGCAGUUAGCCUGACCCUGAAGGAGGCCUUGCAGGGGACAUUGGAUGAGAGAACAGCAGAAGAAGUGGAAGAGGAGGAAGGAAGGGCCAACGAGGUACAGGUAGUAGCUGAGGAGGUUGUGCAAGACGGCGAGACAAAACGCUGAAGAGAGGGUACAAUAGAUGCAGUGGUCAGUUCAGAUUGUAGAUGGCUAUCGUUGCUAAAAGUAACAGUGACAAUAUUUAGAAUUGACCACUUUUAAUGUGCUGUAAAAGGAUAAUAAAACACAUCAGUAUAUUGUUCAGUGAGAGAAUGUGGAUUGAAAGAAAAGGCGUGUUCUGUGAAAAAGAAAACAUGUUUUAUUUGAUAUUUGCUUGUGAUAAAGAACUAUAAAGUGAAUAAAUGAACUACGAACGAGUGAAUGUUGAACCAUUCAGACAAUGCAUUGCCAGGCCUAUAUAUACACACAUUUACAUUAUAGACAACAUGACUUUGUGGAAUUUGUACAUUAGUCAAUAGAAAUAACUCAAGCAGGCACUUAAUCCUAGAUUAACCAACAUGAUGCAAAGUUCUGAGGACUUUAUAAUAGUAGGUUUAUAAUAAUACUAUAACACUGAAUUAGAAUUUUUAUUCUAAUUCUAGUGUUGAGUUUUUUCACGUACUGUCACUGCCGCAUAUACGGUACAUUUAAAGGCAGACGGGUAUAUUUAGACAUUGUAGACAUGCAGCAAUCCUUCUUGUUCCUUCAUUCCCCAGAAAGAAAAAUUAAAAAGGAAUAUUUUCAUUUUAAGCAAUAUUUUCAUAAAAAGUUGAAUUGACAUGAGAACAGAAAUAAAUACAGA